CUUUCCGGAAGCCGCUCGGCAACAAGUGGGGACUUGUUGGACCCAGGGCAUAGCUUAAUUUUGUUCCCUUCUCUCGUUCCUCUCAAGGAUCUGAGUUACGACGGCACGGACCCACCUAUAAUUUGCCUUCUCCAUACACCCGGCGGAUGUGGGCAGGAGGAGAGUUCAACUUUCAUGAGCCCAAGGGGUACCUAGGGCUCAAGAUUGGUGAUUUAGUGAAAUGCGUGACGACAGUGCCUAGCAUCGAAGUAAAAAAGGGCGGUGCGAUGGUGUUCGUUGACCAGCUGAAGAAGCUUAGCACCGAACGAGGCUUAGCCAUAACUGAGACAAGAACGCAUGUCUUCUUGCCGCCUGUACGGACCCCUAGGCAGACAGUUGCGCCGUCGGAGAGCCCCGCAAAUACAUCGACUUCUCAGGCAUUCGAGUCGAGUCCUGAUGUAUCUUACACUUUCAUCCCAACUGUGUCAAUGUUAUUCAGGUUCAGCGCUCUUACGUUCAAUGCGCACAUGAUCCACCUUGAUCCUGUAUUCGCUCGGGAGGUCGAUGGGCAUCCAGAACGUCUUGUACAUGGACCAUUAACAUCUCUGCUCCUCCUGGAAUUGGCUUCCCGACUGACACCGCCAGGCUUGGGAGGCCUUCCAGCAAUAAAGCGAUAUGCCUACCGCGCAAAACAUCCUAUCUUCGUUGGACGGAAUCUGACGCUUUGUGGGGCUUAUUUGCCUCGGGAGGCUACCGGGGGCGCCAUCACAGGGACGCAGUUGUGGGCACAAAACGAACAGGGGACCGUAUGCAUGACAGCGGAGGCAAGCUUCAUCGUUGAUGUGUGAUACCCCUAAGAAUGCAUUCAUCACGCGGGUGUAAGAUCCCUUCCCU